UAACCAAACCAUCCACUGUAGAGUGUCUGGUGCUCCCUUGACCAGUAAUAGAGGAAGGAAAAAUUGUUAUGAAUUAGCUAUGAAAAACAUUGGCAAUUUUGAGGCUUCUUAUUGUCAGGUGACAGUCCUCUGAUAAUCAGGCAAAAAAGUAAACUGGUUUAAAAAUGAGUCUUAUUUUAAAGAAGGCAUUACAUAGUCUGGUUGUUUACAGUAAUGGAAGACUGGCUGGGGAGAUACUGACUGGAAAGCAUCACUCAUUGCCUGCCUCUAAGGAAAUUACUCUUUUUUUUUUUUCCUGUUAGGGAUCUGAUUAUUGAGUACAGUGAAAGUGCUCGCGUUACUGGGGACCCAGCUAUCUGCCUUCCUCAUUCUCAUGCUACCUCUUUGAUGUGCUGCCUCUUUGAACUUCUAGGGCUGGCAGCAGUGACCAGAAUUAAUGCUGCAAUUAGAAUGGGUAAUUCUGAGAAGACUAUGGCAGAAAUGAUGAAUCCAGAGGCCCAGUUACCAGAGGUUUAUGCAUUUGCUGCAGAUCUUUAUCAAAAGGAGCUGGCCACCUUGCAGCAACAAAGCCAUGAUGGUAACCUCACCCAUCUAGAAUUAUCUGUUGCUGUAGAGAUGUUCUCUUCUGUAGCCCUGAUUAAUAGGGCUUUGGAUUCAGGAGAUGUGAGUACAGUGUGGAAACAAUGAGCAGUCCUGUCACAGGACUGACAAACAUUGAGGAUGAGAUCUCAGAGGUGAGUGCUUCAAAGAUUCGUGUCUCUCUUUGAUACUGCUUAUAUUCAUGAUAGUUUGGGUUUUUUUCUUUUCUUUUUUUUUUUUUC